AUGUUGAAGCAAGAACAUGCUGUCUUGGCAGGUGAAAUAGCGCGCAUUGAGAUUGAAGACCCGUACUUAAAGAUUAUAGAAGAAGAAAGGGCUGCUGAGGCCAAAAGAAAGCGAAACCAAAGAGAAGUUGAUGAGGAAUGCUGUCCCGUGAUCCUUCACUCCGAUCUUAGUGAGGACACUAUGGAAGCCAUCAUAAAGACAUUUCAAGAUGCUCAGUAUGAAAUUUUACAAGAUGAGAUCCACACAUUGGACACGGAUGUGGCAAGUGAACUUCUUGCAGAUGACAUCGAUGACCCUGGCUAUGCAUCUCUUAUCACAAAGUUGACCAAGGAUCCCCUACGCAUCCUCAUUAUUGCAAGGGGAUCCGAAGGCGUUUUCGAUGGGUUUUCUAAAUUUGUUGGACCAAAAACUGGUGAAGAAUCCCAAGAAGACGAGGCCUUUGAAAGCAUUCGUGAUAAAUUUGGGGGCGGGAAACCAAACAGUUGUUUGACUGCACCGAAAACAGCGGCAACAGCAGAGAAGGUAAUAAACAUGCUCUUCCCAGAAUUCACUCCGCGACGGGUAAUUAUAUACGUCCCAGAGACUGAAGAGAUAAGACCGAGUGUCCAUCCCAUGGAGGACAAAAAGGACUCUCUCGCCGAUGCAGAGGCCAGUGAGGGUUCAUCCGGUGUGCCUGAAUAUGAAGGUCCACCUCGAGUUAUCGUGCUGGUUAAACCGCCAGCUUACGAAAGCUACCGCAAUGCAGUCGUCACCGAUUUAGAGGCAAACGGCUUUGAAGUUCUCUCCACCAGGGACUACACAUUCAGUGACGAAGAAGCUCGUGAUUAUUAUGCAGAUUUGGCUUCUUUAAGUCUUUUUGAAAGUUUAAUCACUACUAUGACCUCUGGACCCUCAUUUAUCAUAAUGGCUUGUAAAAAUGAUGGGCCCAGGGCAUUGAAGGAUGUUUUGGGUCCCGAGUCUUACGCCCAAGCUUUAAAGGACAAUCCAGAUACCCUUCGUGGAAAGUACUCCUCUCUUCCAGAGGUUCCAAAAGUGGACGAUCUUACGUGGAUUGAUGGCACAACUACUGAAUCGCAGGCCCAAAGUACUGUUAUGCGCUUUUUCCCAAUCGAAGAAACAUUUGCUCUGCUUAAACCCGACAGUCAACCCGCAUGGGACGAAAUUCUGGAUGAAAUCAAGCAAGCAGGAUUUAAAAUUGCCGCCAAAAGAGAGGUUCAACUUUUGCCUGAAGAUGUCCGUACCAUUUAUGAAGUGGAGGCGGAUAAACCUUACUUCGACGACCUAGUUCGACACAUGAUAUCCGGACCAUCGUUAGCGUUAAUCUUGAAGGCUCAAGACGCCGUAAGAAAGUGGACAAAGUUAAUUGGACCCACAGACCCUGACGUUGCAGUGGAUGGCUAUCCACUAGACGUCAAACCGGAGAAGGUUUGUCUUCGGGCCACGUAUGGAAGAAACUUCCGUGACAACGCCGUACAUGGCAGUUCUAGCCUUGAGACAGCAAAGAAGAGCAUUCAACUGCUAUUCCCCACCGUUUCGCUGCACGACAGCGAUACCAGCUGUUUCGGAGAGGAUUAUGAAGAUGACGAGUAUGCUGAUGACGACUUAUGUAAUGAAGAGCAACGAGAAGACGAAAACGAGGAAGAGUAUGAGAAGCGAAUGUUCCGCUGCGGGGAGCGCCGAAGGUGUCGUGAGAAACGGCGAGCCAGACGAGCUCUAGAAGAGGCGGAAGAAGAAAUAGAAGAAGGGGAAGAGGAAGGGAACGAAGAGGAGGAAGAUGGACAAGAUCCCAUGAAGGAUGAGGAGAAGAUCGAGAAGGAACAUGAAAAAGCAGGAGAGAAACUGAAGGGUAAAAAAAGAGGGAAGACCGAAGUUUUGCACGCUAAGAGUGGAAAGCCCAAAAUAGCAUCAGAAGUACCAGAAGAAAAUGAAUACAAUGAGGGAGUGAAACAGGUGAUUGAGGAAAUUGUUGAAGAAACUCAACCCCUCACAAAAGUUGGAGAAGUAAAAGAGGGCACCGAGAUAAGAGUAGGCAUUGAGGAUGAUAGGACUACAAUUACCUCACCACCCCCACAAGAAAUUCCGGAGACAACAGAGGUGACUGAGGAAGUAAAUGCUGAGGGGACGAACCCCAACAAUCAAACUCGACCAAGACGAAAGGUGAAGAAACUCUCUCGAAGUAAGGCAAAUCUCUACACAAUGAUGGAUUUGGAAGAUCCCAAUUACUAUUCUGUUUUUAUCUUUUAG